AUGGCUAGGCCAUCAACAAAGCCAGUAGUAAUUUCAAAGGGACUGAAACGGGAGGCGAGCGGUUCGUGUCUGGGCAAGUCCCGGGGGUGGAAAGAGCCGUCCCUGGUUCAGGCAUUUGUGUCUAAGGUGGGAGAGUAUGAGCUGAAAGUGGUGACCCAGCCUGAGAAACAGCACAGGGCCAGGUAUAUGACUGAAGGCAGCCGAGGCGCUAUUAAGGAUGAGUCCCAGCAGGGGAACCCCGUGGUGCAGUUACUGGGUUAUCACCAGCCCUGUACCCUGCAGAUCUUCAUCGGCACAGACACGGGGAAGGUCCGCCCUCACGGCUUCUACCAGGUGUGUAAGGUCAGUGGAAAGAGCUCCACCCCCUGCAGGGAGCGCGACAUUGAUGGGACCACGGUGAUAGAAAUAGAUAUGAACCCAGAGUCGGAUAUGACAGUGAACAUAGACUGCGUGGGAAUAUUAAAACUGAGGAACGCGGAUGUGGAGCAGCGUAUUGGCAUUGCAAGGUCCAAAAAGAAGAGCACUAAGACGCGGAUGGUUUUUCGGGUGAACAUCAGCAAGCCUGAUGGCACGCCAUGUACCCUGCAAACAACAUCUACGCCAAUCUUGUGCACCCAGCCAGCGGGUCAGCCUGAGAUCUGCAAGAGGUCAUUCAUGGAGUGCCUACCGGAAGGCGAGGUUGAGAUGAUCAUUAUUGGGAAGAAUUUCACGCGGAAUGUCAAGGCCAUAUUCCGGGAACUAAAUGAGGAAGGGGAGGUUGUCUGGGAACAACAAGGCACCGUCGACCCUGAGUUUUUUCAACCGACCCAUUUAGUGAUCACUGUCCCGCCAUAUAGAGAUCCAGAAAUCAAAGAACCCGUCACCGUCCAGUUCCACAUCCAAAGUUCUGGUAAGACCAGCGACCCGCAGCCGCUGACUUACAGACCAGCGACCAAAGAUUCAAGAAAAACAGAAAAAAUGGACACAGAGACUACAGUGCCAUCUUCACAUUUGAACUGUGUAGCACCUGAAGCCAUCUGGCUCAACCAGCAAUUUCAGUACCAGCUUCAGCAGCAGGAACAGGGAAAAGAGAGAUCACAAGAACGGGACAUGUUUGAUUUGCAAAAUAAUGUGAUCUCCAAAGGCCAAUUCGGACCAACACACGCGGCCGCUGACCAGGUGAAAGGGGUCGGCCCCCCUGGACACCAAGUGUGUGUCGCCCCUUCUUAUAAUAAUGCCACCUGUACAAGCCACAUGAGCCAGUGCGCGCAGAGCCCAACUGAACGGCCCGGCGGAACCUGUGGAGGCACAAGCCAGUCUAUGUCCAUGACACCGUCCAGCCUUCCCAGUGUGGUCAUUGGGUCCCCGGACUACCAGGAACUGGUCAGGCGGUUGGCAGCGUCAGGCAAUGCCAAGGUGGGGCCCUCUAAUGGGAAAACCAAUGAUUCCACAGUGCUGGUGGACUCUGGCACUGCCCUCAAGUCACUGAUGAUGACCAGUGUAUCGGGACCCUCGCUGCUGACGCUGAAUGCCAAGAAUGAGCUCAGUAAAGUCCCUGACAACAACCAGCCGCCAUCUCGGAGUCCGCUCCAGACCUGGUUGUCGGGCUUUGGUGUCGGCAACAACGUCCCCAGUAACAGUAACUCUGCUGACAGUGCUUUCAAUAUGGUCUGUCUCCUUCUGCAGCAGCAGCAACAACUUCAGCAACAGCAACAACAUCAGCACAGUUCUGACAUUGAUGAUAUCAUUAUGCAGAACAUCAGUGCCAAAGGAGAUGUGAUUGAGCAUUGACCAUUUGGGACCUUGGAAAAAGAAAGUAGAUGAGUGAAAUGGCAGGCGAGAUAGUUCCAGUUUGUUCUAGCCAAGUGUACAGCAGGAAUAUUAUUUCAGAAAAUAGGGAAAAUGCUUAGACCACAGAAUACUGGCUGCCGCAAAGAACUGCAAAAGCUGUCAUAUACCUGUUGUGGUUUGUAUUGCAAACAAGCAAAAUCUGAUAUAUAUAAGGGAUAUUUCUAAGCUAAGAUGGCCGCCAAAAUCAAGAUGGUGGAUUGACUGCAAGUGACCCUGGAAAGUGAAAGUACUUGAACUGCCAGUCCUCAGUGAACUGACUAUGGACAAGAUUCUAUAACAUUUGAUAGAGAACAUUUGUACAUAUGAUAAUUGUUUCUGUAGUUAUAUGUUGUCAAGUGUUAUAAAGUAGUUAUUUAUAUUUUUUUGUGCUUUAAACUUUGUCUUGAAAUGGGUCCCAAGAUUUUAUCUUAAAAUGUGGUAUUACAGCUUAAAAACCCAGGUGGUAGAUUUUCCGACACUUUGCCUCUCAAAACUCCACUGUUUAUUUGUUACACAAAAAAUUUCAUUUGCACAAGGCCAACAUUCAUAAGUAUGCUUGUCUCCACAAAAUCAAAUAAGAGUAUCCCUAAGAGGAAGCUGUGCUGAGAUGGAUUGCUUCUUGCAUUGGUUUAAUGCUGCACAAAGCAAGCAGUUUUUCUGUCAGGUCCCAUCCAACUUUGGGGCUGAGACAGUUGAGCUGUGUGUUAAUGUGUCAGAUUGAGAAGUCUUGAUUGCUUUGCUGAGUUGACAAUCAUUGUAUAUUUGUUGUAACGUGUUUGAUAUGAGGAACAUAUUCAGUAUUGAUUUAAUUAACUUUCACUUUGUGUAACUUGAUUUUGAACUUAUGGCAUGGGGUUUCAGAAAAAGGAAAGAGAGAGAGAUCAAACAGUAGUAUAAAUGGAAAAAAGGACUGAUUGCAUUUUUUUUUUUAUUGAAGUAUGAUAUGCCAUGGAGAUGUUUGUGUUUUGUUGUCUUCAUGACAUAUCCCUUCUGACUAGCAAUAUCUACAUCAUGAUAUGCCCCUACGGUAAUAGUGAUAUACAUAUAUGAUAUCUGAUGACAGAAAUGUGAAGGUUGGAGAUUUACUUUGGGGCAAAAAUGCAGAUUGAUUUCUUGAGUCAUUAAUUUAGCAUUAAAAAAUGAAAUUUGUGGUAGGUAAAAAAUGAUGUUGUGGUUGAAAGCUGUGUUGGUAAUAAUUGUGAAUGAAAGUUUGGUGUAGCGCCAUUUUUUUUUUCGCUGAAGCUUUGUCCUGGAGACAGAAAACCGGUGCACAUUGGUAUUGAUAGGGACAUUUUCUUAGAGAAAAGAACUUAGAAUGUUUCUUAUAGCUUGCUUGAUGCAAGAUGAGGUGAAUCCCUUAAAAUGUUUGUAAAAAGAUUGUACAUAUUCUAUAUUAUUUUAUGCCUUGUAACAUAAAUUAUGUACAAAUUAUGAACAGUAUUUUUGAAAGCAAGCAAUGUUAGGGCCUAGGUGAAUAUUAUGACCCUGUUUUUCAAUGUGUUCAAAGAUGAAGAAGAAGAUAAAUCCUAGGACCUCUAGACCACAGAUAAAAAUGCCAGGUGGGAAGUGCUUGUAAAAUGUUAGUUAGUAAGAGUUUCAUUACGUGUAUGGUAGUGACUCGCUCCUGGAUGCUCAAUUUGCUACAAGGACAUUUGAAAGAAGUAAAUGUGCCUACUUAGUGAGCUAUAUAUAUGUGGUAUUGUUUGUAGAUUUAGUCUUACGUCUUGUCUGUAUGUCACCUACUUCAAUUUGCUGGCCCAAUGUGCAAAAACCUUUGACACCUUUGAACAUGAGGUGUUCUGCCCUAGAGAUGCACCUGUAUUGAUAUGUUUUGAGAGGUUCUACCUGUAACUUUGCUACCAUUGACUUCGCUUCCUUUUACAACCACUCCACAAUUUCGGAAAAAGGGCCCAGUUUCAUCAACACUGGUGGAUAUGUCCUAUGCAUAACACUUAUCCAUGUGAUAAAAUGGUUAUCUUCUGAACAACAACCCUGAGGACAGCAGCCAUUUUGGCAACUGAAUAGCAAUUUCAGAUACAAAAAUAGAUAUCUAGUGCUUAGAAAACUUUACUUUACCCACAUGAUAAUUGCCCAGAGGAUAACAAUUUUAUCUAAUGGCUAUAGUGUUAUCCAGAGGAUAGUGCUAUCCAGUGUUGACGAAACUGAGCCUUGGUGUAAAAGCAGAAGAUAGUGCACUGAUUUUGUCAAGGACACGGGCUCCCUGUAGGUACGUUAUAACUGACAUUAAGGCUAUUAUAGUAACCAAUAUCUGUCUCUCAAACCCAUGUCGAUACAGCUGUUUCGCUAAGAUUUUGCACUUUAUGAGAAAUGGCCUUUAGAGUACAAUUUCUAAGCUGGUGUCCUUAUUUUCUAGCUUGUUUGAUAGGUCAGAUCUGAAAUCUUCUGGCACAAUGUAUAAUUUUUGGUACUUCAGUAUGGUUGCUUAUAUUGGUUAUUGUUGCUGAUUUCAGUAAUAUAAUGUGUAAUAAUGUAAGCUUCACGUAAUAGUUGUGUACAUAUAUAUUAGUUGACCGGUUGAGCCACAUGGCAGUUUUGAUACUGCUUUACCUAAAGCUAGCAUAAAUAACAUCUUGAAGAACAUGCAUUACAUUUCAUAUUUGAAUAGAUGAUUUUGACUAUUUUUUAUAUUAUUUCAGUUUUUAAAAUGGAGACUUGCUAUUGACUCGAGUAUCAUAAGCUAUUGACUCGAGUAUCAUAACAUAAAUCCAUGUUAGAAAUCGCUACCAUAAUUUCCAUUAUAGCAUCACAACAUAGAAAUCAUUGAAAUCGUGUCAGAAACAUUUAUCAGUUACUUGCUUCAUAUUCAGAUUUCAUAUUCAUGUUCAGACAAGAUUAGGAGCUGAAUUUUAAAACACAUUGCUCAUCCCUGAUAAUAAAGCAAUGUACUAGGUGCUUGUUUGUGUAGUUACUGCUGAUUAGGUUGUUUCUUUCUUUGUCAUAUGAUAUUUAUAUAUAAAAUGUGUAUAACAUUGUGAAUCACCUACCAUAUGAAAUGAAUUGUAGACACUGUUUAUGUUGACUGCACUAUAGGUAUCAGCUUAAUCGGAAUCAGUCAUGCCUACCCCAGUAAAUCUGACCAUGGUAACUUCUUAUUCGAGAAUUUAAAGGUAUUCUGUUUACUUGAAAAUUUAUUUAUUUUUUUUUUUUUGCACUAGCCAUCUAGGGGUAACGCAGUCAAUCUACAGGAAAGCAUUUGCACAAUGCUAAAAUUUUGUAAGAGCAGAGUAGUAUUUUGAUUGAAUUAUAUUAAUAGUGAAGAUAAAAAAUACACUGUAAGUAAUGUGCAUUUGCUCCUAGCUUGUUUACUUAAUCAUGUGUACAAGAUCUUCAUAUUCUAUAUAAACAAUGUUUGAUUUUUCUUUCAUAUUUUUUUAUAUACUUAGUUAUGAUUUGAUUCUGAUUAUCUAUGUAUUUGUUUGUUUAUUUAGGGACGGAAAGAGUUAAUCAGUAAGACAACAAGCUUCUAUGAAAUGAACCUGACACUGAUGUCAGGGGCAUUAAUGUCAACUUGAUAUUUUGUGCUAAUUUUUAUCUAAUUUUUUUUUUUUUUUUAUAAGUUGAGUUGUCCUUAAAUAUUUUGUGGACUAGGAUUAUACCCAUCUCUGAGGUGCAUUCAUCCUAGAUAUUUGAGCUUGGCUAUUUCGAUCAUGGUUCACCUUGUGUAGACCUGAUAUUAGCAUUCUGGGCCUAAAAUGCCGUUUAUACACAUUUAGGUCACCAUUUAAGACCUGGCGUCUGUUUGUAUUCGUGACUAUAUGACAUUAGUUUAGGACUGAGGUCUCCAUUACUAUAACAUUAUAAAUUACAUAUUCAUGGCUUUUGGCCUUAGGCCACUUAGAUCACUUAUUUUAAUAUUUCAGAUCAUUUUUGCAUAUUUUUAGUUCACCAUUACAGUCAUUUGGUCAUCCUGACACCCAUGUUGACACUGUCAUGAUCAGUUCAACAAUCACAUUCGGAUCCUUUCGCAAGCUUUGUGUCACCAAAAACAUACACAUUAUAGGCAUCAUUACAAACUAAUUUGUCUUAGGACGUUCAUUUUAGGUCCCAAUUUGGGGACUUUAUAUUUCAAUAAUAAAAUAAGGCUGUAAGCUUACUGUAUCACAGACCACUUGCUUUGUGUGCGCUAGGAUGAUCAACUGUGACACACGAAAUUUGUAUACUUUGCUACAGUACAGCGUUUUUUUUUUUUUUUUUGUUUUUUGUUUUUUUUCUGCAUUAGCAUUUAUAAGAUGCCUGGUAUGGCUGGCAAAUGUGUUCUUUUAAAAAUUUAAUAUGUGAUUGAUGUGGGUAAAAAAAACAGUAUUUUGUCUCGUUUUUUGGACACUUAUACCCAGUACAUUAAGUGUAAACGUGUGCCAUCUGUGUAAACUUUGGUUAAUCUUACUUUUCAAACAAAA